GGUUGUUGGUGGAUGAUUGCUUGGUUGUUGCUUGUUGGUGGAUUUGUAGUAGUUUGGGAUUUGUUUGUAACCAUCGUCAACAUUCAGGAAAUUUGAAUCAGUUGCAAACGAGUUCUCAGCGCGUUACGACGACAACCGAAAAUCAAUUGCGGCGGAAAUAGAAAUAGAAAGAAAAGAAACAAUCAGAAUCAAGCGAACAAAGCAAUAUGAAACUGUAACAUUUUUUUUUAAAUGUUUUAAACAAACAAUGGAUUAUAAUUAAUAUGAGAAUAAAACAACUUUCGUCGAAAAAUAAAUGUGACAAUAAGUGAAGCAACAUACAAGUGAUUGAUAAAAAAAAAACAAUUUUUAAUUAAAAAACCCCAAUUGACAAACAUUCAAAAACUAUAAAGUGAUGUUUUUAUAAGAAAACCAUCUCAAAAGUUUGUCUUUUAAGCGAUUGUAUUGAGGAACCCUCCAAAUUUUGGUUUUUAGUCAUUUAACAAGUUAUGAGUUUACCCAGCGGCGUUGAUAUGCAAAAUCUCAUGUCUCAACAUCCGGUUUUAGGAGCCUUGCCUCCUGCCUUUUUCCUACGAGCAGCCUCCGAACGUUAUCAGCGCACCCCAAAAUGUGCCCGUUGCCGUAAUCAUGGAGUGGUCAGUGCUUUAAAAGGCCACAAACGCUAUUGUAGAUGGCGCGAUUGUCUAUGCGCCAAAUGUACGCUGAUCGCAGAACGUCAACGUGUUAUGGCAGCCCAGUAUUUCUCUUCAUCUUCAUUCUUCCAGGUAGCAUUGCGUCGCCAACAGGCUCAAGAAGAAAAUGAGGCCCGCGAAUUGGGUCUACUCUACACAAAUGUUCCGCCUAGGGUGCCAUCGCAAAAUGCCAGUGAUUCGACCACAACGACAACAACAACAUCACAACUAAGUCCCCAAAACAAUACCACCAAUGGAGUAUUUCAUCCUGGCAUACCCUCACCGCCCAGCGAUGGUUUGGACUCCACAUCCAGUGCGGCCCAUCAUCAUUCGCGUAUGCAAUUUGGCAGUAAUGGCAGCACAAGUGGUGGUGGUGGUGGCGGCGGCGGAGGGGCUAACUCUGGAGACUCAGAUUCUGAAAUGCGCAUUAGAGCUGAAAGACUGUCAAUGGGUUUCUCACCAGAUCGCACAGAAGUUGAAAGUCCUGGUUCAAAACGUGCUCGCCUUUCCAAUGAAACCGAUCAAGACACUGGCUCAGAAUCUUCACCCAGCAGUCCCCGAGCCAAAGUGACCAGUUAUCAGAAUAAUGGAAAUCAUUCACCUGCCCGUACCGGUCCACCCAGUUCGCCUGAAUCAGAUCUUGAUGUUGACUCGGCACCUGAUGAGGCUACUCCAGAGAACCUCAGCCUAAAGAAGGAAGACUCCACAUCACCACCACAUACGCCGUCGGCCGAAAGUAUGCAUAUGCUGAGAAGCUUUAGCAACGGCAACCCACAAGGCUUUAUGCCAUAUCAUCAUACACAAUUUCUGGCUGCGGCAGCCGCAAGUGCUCACUCACAUGCCGCCCAGCAUUCACCACAUCAUCAUCAUCAACAGCCACCCAUGAUGGGUCAUCAUCCAGCAGCUGCUGCUCCACCACAACCCCAACCACCGCACCAACGUUCUCCCGUCGAUGUACUCAUGCGAGUUUUUCCCAAUCGCCGACGCAGUGAUGUGGAACAGUUGCUGCAACGCUAUCGCGGUGAUGUCUUGCAGACCAUGGAGGCCAUGAUAUCGGGUGAGGAUCUCAAUCAUUUGAUGCCCACUUCGGCUCACUCACCACCCAAUGUACCACCUUCACCUCCGUUUCCCCUCAAAUCGGCCUUUUCACCUUUGGUUCCUCCAGCUGCUGUGUUUGGUUCACCCACCCACCGAUAUCCACCGUUUAUGCAGGCUCAUGCCAAACGCUUUUUGGCAGCUCCCUAUGCUGGCACCGGCUAUUUGCCCGGUGUCAUAAAUCCCUCCGACUGCGAGCAAUCCGAAUCGAAUGGAGGCACUUCUGUGGAUCGGAAUAGCAAUGCGGGGGACUCGCAAGAUUGAGAAAUCGAUAUGGCCGGUGGUGACAACAGCGGCAUGUUUAGACCCUUCGAGUAGCGCUGGCGCAUGCUAGACGAGGUGAGACGGGACCCAGAAAGGGCUCAAGCGAUAGAAAAUACAAACGUGUAAAUGUAUUUAAGUGUACAGCAGUGAUGCAGAAAACCGAAUUAUUUCGUACCUUAUGAUUUAGUUAAAACCCCCAACUUGCAUUAAUUUCAUACCUCUUAGGAUAAAUCAGUUUCUGACCUUUUUGCAUUGUAUCCUCCCUGUUAUUUGGUGGUUUCCAAAUGUUAAUGUUAGAGUGAUGUUCAAAAUUGAAUAAUUGUUGCUUUGUAACAUAUUUAGUUGUUAAAUACACUGUCAAAAAUUAAUAAAACAAAUAUUUGUAUGAAAAA